AUGUCAUUUACUACAUUUAAAAAUCUAAAAAUUGGAAGAAAACAUAGGGAAAGAGGAUAAUUAAAAGAAAGGGAGCAUUUAGGUUUAUUAGAAAAGAAAUAGGAUUAUAAAAAAAGAGCGAAGCAUUAUCAUAAAAUAAACGAUAUUUUAAAUAAUUUAAAAUAAAAAGCAAGACUUAAAAAUGAUGAUGAAUUCUAUUUUAAAAUGCAAAGGGCUAAAAUUAUUGAUGGUAAACAUGUAGAAUAAAAUUAAGAAGACGAAAACGAAGAUUUUGAUAAAAAUGAAUUUAAGUCUUUAGUAAAGGCUAAAAAUAUGAAUUUAAUUAAAGUUUAAAAACAUAAAGACAUGAAAUAAAUUUAAAAAUUAUAAGCUCAAUUGCAUAAUUUAGAAGGACCUAAAAUGAACUAAUAAAAAUAUUUCGUUGAUUCUAAAGAAGAAUUUGAUAACUUUUAAAUUGAAAAAGAUAAUUAAAUUUUAAACUAGCCUGAGAAUUUAGUAUUUAUUUUUAAAAAAAUAUUUAUUUAACUAUUUAUUUUUUAAUAAAGGAAUAGGAGAAAUCAUUAUAAAGAAAAAUUAAAGAAUCUUAUAAAAAACUUAAAAAAGUAUAAGAGAAUCAUGAAAAAAUGGAAAAAGCAUAUAUUAAAUUGGAUUAUCAAAAAAAUUUGUUAGUAAUAUUUAUCUAUAUAUUUAAAAUACAAAAAUUAAUAGAAAAAAGAAAAAAGAAGAAUAAGAAAAUAUAAAAAUGGAGAAGUAGCUAAAUUUUUCAGAGAAAGAAAAAGAUGA